AUGGAACCAGUAAAGGAAUCAGAUCUGCAAGAAGAAGCUCACGGUGGAUCAGAUAAUGAUAAUGGUAUCAAUAAAUACCACCAUAACAGGACAAAGAAUGAGAAGAAAUUAAUUGAAAAGUUACAUAAAAAAAUGAACUAUAGAAUUAUUCCAUUAAUACCAGCACCUGGUCAAAACACAAUUAAUCCACCUUUAAUAUCUUGUCCAUGGUUACGUUCAAAGAUACAAAACUUUGGUUAUUUUCCUUUCUUUCAAUUUCAAUCUAAACCAUCAAAGUUUUAUAAUCUUAAACGUCCAUCUCAGUCACCAAAUUAUAAAUCACUAUUUGUUAGAACAUCUAAAGAGUCUAUCCCAGUUAAGUUAUUUUAUUUUAUGAGAUCUCAAGAAAGAUUGAAUCCUAUAUUAGUUAAAAAUCUAAAUGAUCCUAUGAUUAACUUCAAUUUUUAUUUUAGACCAGCUAUGAACAAUUCAAUCAAGAUUGAUUCAGAUUUAAGACAACAUUUGAUUGAUUCAUUCACACAAAUUAUACUUGAUUAUCAUAUGAAAGAAGAUGCACUAGAAUCUUCUUCAGGUCAACAUGCAGGGCCUUAUAGAUUCAAACCAAACGGGCCUAAAAUCAUUUUCCCUAAAGGAGUGAAAACUUUUAAUCAAAUAAAACUAUGUCUAGCAUUCCAACCUAACAAAGAGCCACUUUUACAAACUUUAGAAACAUUCAUCAAUAUAUUAGAUUUUGGAGGUGAAUUAAAAGAAAUUGAUGCAUUUGCUUAUACUUUUGAAAAUGAUUCACAUAAAGCUUUUUUAAUACAUUGUCAGCAUAUUCAUGAUGGGAAUGAAUUGAGUUUUUCAAAUCUUGUGAAUAAUCUUUUCUCUACAACGGUACCAUCAAAUGAUUGUUCAUCAACAUCAGAUCCUGUUUAUUUCAUUCCUGGUCAAUCAACUUAUGAUUUAGUUGACCCUCCACCGCCAUCUUAUCAAAAAUAA